AUGGACCCGCCGCCCUUUGACAUGUGGAGAGACUACUUUAACCUGAGCCAGGUGGUGCAGGAUAUAGUUCAGAGCCGGAAGCAGAGUCUGGAGAGUGAGAGAGCUGAGGAGCCCAACUCCAGGCCCCAGGAGACCAGUGAGCAGGGCCUGGAGGGCCCCGGAAGCCUGACUACCAUGUGCAACUUCUGCAAGCACAAUGGAGAGUCUCGCCACGUCUACACCUCACACCAGCUGAAGACGCCUGAAGGGGUGGUAGUGUGUCCCAUCCUGAGGCAUUACGUGUGUCCUGUCUGCGGAGCCACCGGCGACCAGGCUCAUACACUCAAGUAUUGUCCACUCAACAGCAGCCAGCAGUCUCUCCACCGUCGCAGUGGACGAAACUCAGCCGGUCGCAGACUCAAGCAAUAA